AUGGCUUCUCGUCCCCAGAACAUCGGCAUCAAAGCCAUCGAGAUCUACGUCCCCAGCCAGUAUGUCGAGCAAUCCGAGCUCGAGAAGUUCGAUGGCGUCGGCACCGGAAAGUACACGAUCGGCCUUGGGCAGACAAAGAUGAGCUUUUGCGACGAUCGGGAAGACAUCUACUCGAUGAGCUUGACCGUUCUGUCCAAGUUGCUCAAGAACUACAAUGUCAACACCGAUUCCAUCGGCCGCCUCGAGGUCGGCACCGAGACCAUCCUCGAUAAGUCCAAGUCGGUCAAGUCCGUACUGAUGCAGCUUUUUGGCGACAACACCAACAUUGAAGGAGUCGACACCGUCAACGCCUGCUACGGCGGCACGAACGCCGUUUUCAACACCAUCAACUGGAUCGAGUCCUCGGCUUGGGAUGGCCGUGAUGGCAUCGUAGUUACCGGCGACAUCGCGCUGUACGCCAAGGGUAAUGCUCGGCCCACCGGUGGUGUUGGUGCCGUUGCCCUCCUCAUCGGUCCCGAUGCGCCCCUCGCCUUCGAGCCUGGUCUCCGCGGCAGCUACAUGCAGCACGCCUACGACUUCUACAAGCCCGACCUGACGAGCGAGUACCCCUACGUCGACGGUCACUACUCGAUCAACUGCUACUCCAAGGCCCUUGACGGUGCCUACCGUGCCUACUGCAAGCGCGAGGCGCAAGUUGUCAACGGCACCAAUGGCACCAACGGCCAUACCAACGGCGCUGCCGAGCCCGCUGUUCCCAAGACUUCUCUAGACCGCUUUGACUACCUGGCCUUCCACUCGCCCACCUGCAAGCUCGUGGCCAAGUCGUACGCCCGCCUCUUGUACCACGACUACCUCGCCGACCCCGAGAACAAGGCGUUCGCUGAGGUCACCCCUGACAUCCGUGACAUGGACUACGAGAAGUCCCUGACCGAUAAGGAGCGCGUCAACCCCGGCAUUCAGGUCGCUACCAACUGCGGCAACAUGUACUGCGCCAGCGUCUGGGGCGGUCUGGCCAGCUUGGUCUCGCACGUUGACGACGCCGCCCUCCAGGGCAAGAGGAUAGCACUGUUCAGCUAUGGCUCCGGUCUGGCCGCUAGCUUCUUCUCUCUCCGCGUCAAGGGAAGCGUUGAGGCUAUCGCCAAGGUUCUCGACAUCCCCAACAAGCUGGCCGCUCGCCGGCAAGUGCCCCCGGAGACCUACGACGCUAUGUGCGACCUCCGCAAGAAGGCCCACCUCCAGAAGGAUUACACCCCCCAGGGCGAUGUCUCAACCAUCGCCCCCGGCACCUACUAUCUCACCAAGGUCGAUGACAUGUUCAAGCGGACCUAUGAGGUUAAGGCGUAA